AGAGUGAAAUUGAAUUUUCAAUGAACCACCAUAAAUGCUUGCCUACUUCUUUUCAUACUACUUUUCAACUCUUCAAUUUUAAACCGUUGAACAUUAACUCCAAUCCCCAUAUCGCCAUUUAUAUUUUUACCGCGGACCCCGCUGGGCCUUAUCCCACUCAUCUUUAAGUAUCACUCUCUUUUCCACUUCCCAUUUCGCACUCACAUCUUCUUCUCCUCAUCAUUUCUCUCUCUCUCCAUCUCUCUUAUAUGUCCACAGCUGAUCCGCCUGUAUUGGCAUCGGUCCCGGCCACAGCCACUGCUGUCGGCCUUGGUUAUGGUAUCGCUAUUGCCGUUAGCAUUCUUGUCCUCAUCUCCACCAUAAUGCUUGCUUCCUAUGCUUGUGUAAGAGUUAAAGGUAAUUCCAAUGGUCAUAGUGGCAAUGGUGAUGGUAACGAGGAUGAGCUCGAUGUAUAUAGGCCUAACCACCGAUUCAUUCCCCGUGACUCGCUGGAGCCCGUGAUAGUAGUGGGCCUCGAUGGACCGACGAUUGAAUCAUACCCGAAAUUGGUGUUAGGCGACAGCCGGCGACUUCCUAAGCCCAACAACGGUCCAUGUUCAAUCUGCUUAUCGGAUUACAGGUCUAAAGAUACCAUACGGUGCAUUCCAGAUUGUCAUCACUGUUUCCAUGCUGAUUGCAUUGAUGAAUGGCUUAAGAUGAGUGCCACGUGUCCAUUGUGUAGGAAUUCUCCUGCUCCCUCGGCGGGCUCCACACCUAUGGCCACUCCUCUGUCUGAGUUAGUGCCUUUAUCCUUCCACUCCAGGUGAUUAAUUUGUACCAAGAUAAUUGUUUUCUCAUUUUAAUUUUUAUUUGUAAAAUUUAUUUAAUUUUAGUCUCUAAUAUUUAAUUUUUUGAAUUGGUUUUUUAGAAUUAAGAAAUUGGCCCCAAUAAAAAGGAUUUUUAACUAUUUAUGCCACAUUAUAAUUAUAUUAUUGUUUUU